AUGUCUGUCGAUCUCAACCCGCAUGUGCAGCUCGGCUUUCCCCGACCCUUGACCCAGCUGGUCAAACGUUCGCUGCAAGUGUCCAACCCCAACAAUCAACCAGUUGCUUUUAAGGUCAAGACCACAGCGCCAAAGCAGUACUGUGUUCGCCCCAACUCGGGAAGGAUCGAGCCAGGCGAGAGAAUUGAAGUUCAAGUGCUGCUUCAACCAAUGAAGGAGGAGCCGCCAAUGUCGGCCAAGUGCCGGGAUAAGUUCCUGGUUCAGUCCGCCAUCAUCACGCCGGAGCGGGAGACUGUACCUCUCACCGACAUAUGGAGCAUCAUCGAGAAGGAGGACAAGAGCCAGAUCCAUGAGCAGAAGAUUCGGUGUGCUUUCCUGCCUCCUGCGUCUGCUCCCGUUCCCGAGGAGAAUGAGCACGAGGCCGCUGGUGUUGGAAGUGUUAUCAGCGACGACUCAAAGUACCAGACGGUGCGAGGCGUCCCCAGCCGCACCAACGGCUUUACCGAUUCAUCCUCCUCACCACAGUUUGGCUCUCAGACCAACGGCCAGUCGGCACUCAACCCGACGGUAGCCGCUUCGAAUGCAGCACCCAACGGCACCGCCACCGACAAGGAUAGGAACGCCACCUACGUUGCAGGCGGUGCGGCAGCCGUUGCUGGUGGAGCGGCUAUCGAUGCUACGCGCAACAUCGCGAACCGCGCGACGGGAAGCGAUGAGAAGGAUUUGAGCGCCGAAGUUGCUCGUCUUAAGGAGCAGUUGGCGGAGGCGACAAAGCGCGCAGGCACGCAGACCAUGCAGGCUGCAGAGGGCGUGCCGGUCCACAUUGUCGCUGCCAUCGCGUUCGGCGUCUUUGUGAUCACCUAUCUCUUCUUCUAG